AAUGCCAAAAUUUUACAGAAAUCGAAUAUUCGUCCAUCCAAACACCCUUUGAAAUGUUAGAUGAGUUUUGUUCUCAUUAUUAAUUAAACCAAUCCCAAUUAGUGUUCUAAUUUCCCACGCUCAACAAUUAUUCAGCUUCUAUUCACCUCCAUAUCUCCUGUGAAUAAAGCCAAGAGUUCAAUGGAAUGACGCUUUGACGAAAUAAAAGGCAGCGCAUCGCGACAUUUGAAAGUACUGCUAAGGAGAAUGGCUCAAGAUACUACGCUAAAGAUUCCCCUGAUCAUGGGGUUGACGAUAGAUGAAGUGCUCGAAGAGAUCGGUAGCAUGGGCCGCUACCAGAUCAGGCUCGUGUUCAUCUUCUGCUACUUUGGGUUCUUCGUUGUUGGCUUCCAGACCAUGCUGAUGACGUUUAUCACGGGUGAGCCCGGGUGGCAGUGCGUAGAGAACAGCACCGUAUGUAACGUGACGGGCGUCCAUAGGCCGGGCGGCGACCAUUACAAGCUGAGGUGUGACUUACCCAGGAGCGAUUGGGAGUUUGCAAAAGAGUUUACCUCGACCGUCACUCAGUGGGAUCUUGUAUGCGAGGACUCCAUAUUUCAAGGUGUAUCGUCCUCUGUAAUAUUCGCCGGCUGGCUGCUUGGGGCCAUAUUUAUUGGCUGGCUGUCGGACCGGACAGGCCGUCGCUAUGUCGUGUAUUUUGGCUCUCUCGGACUACUAGCAGCAGCUGUUGUUAGCGCGCUAUCUCCCUUCUUCUGGUUAUUUGUUCUCUCCCGAGCAAUCGUGGGAGUCAUGAUAGGUGGAUCUUCUCUUUGUCAGUUUAUCCUGAUGACCGAGUUCGUGGGUGUUCGCCAUCGUAAUGUCGCCGCUACACUAGUCUGGUUCGCGUGGACAUGUGCAUUUAUGGCCACUCCUCUCUUUGCGUACUUCAUCCGGGACUGGCGUAUCCUGACAAUAGCCGUCACAGUAACUGGCGUACCUUUCUCCUUCUUCUGGUGGUUCAUUCCUGAAUCUAUGCGUUGGCUUCUGGUUAAAGGCCGUGUGACAGAGGCUGAAGCCAUUCUUCGUGACGUGGCAGCGUUCAACAGGAAGAAGAUGCCCGAUGAAGGGCUGCUGGAACCUUUGAACAAGGGAAAGGUGGCAGACUUCAGGGAUCUUUUCCGUAACAGAAAAAUGGUGCAGCGUACAUUAAUACUGUGGUUUGCUUGGCUCGUAAAUGCUAUGGUCUAUUACGGCGUCAGCCUUAGCUCGCCAUCUCUCGGAGGCAGCAUGUACCUUAACUUCUUCCUGACGAGUAUCGUAGAGAUCCCGGCAAACUUCGCCGCAAUCUACAGCAUGAAACGUUUCGGUCGUAAAAAGUCUGUGGUGAUUCCAAUGAUUCUCGCGUCCUUGGCAGCCAUGGGAGCAGUUUUACUGGUCACAGAUGACGGCAACACAGGUUACCUUGCUGGGCGCAUCACCAUGGCAAUGCUGGCCAAGUUCUUUAUCAUGAUCUCAUUCGACGGCGUCUAUGUAUACGCUGCUGAACUCUUCCCUACGGUGAUAAGAAACAUCGGGAUGGGGACAUCCUCGGCCGCCGGAAGGAUAGGAUCAUUCUCCUCGGCUUACGUAGCGUGGUUGACCCGAGUUCAUCCACUAUUACCCUAUGGAGUUAUGGGUAUCGGGGCACUCCUUUCCGGUUUGCUGUGUCUCCUUUUACCGGAAACCAAAGACAAGCCCACAUCAGAAGUGUGCGAAAGCGAGUCACAGGAAGACAAGACAUCCCAUGAUGAUAACCACCACGAUUACAAUGGAGAGACGACUAUCCUUUAAGGCGACUGAAUCACGUGUGUAGAGGAAGACAAGACAUCCUCUGAUGAUAACCACCACGAUUACAAUGGAGAGACGACUAUCCUUUAAGGCGACUGAAUCACGUGUGUAGAGGAAGACAAGACAUCCUCUGAUGAUAACCACCACGAUUACAAUGGAGAGACGACUAUCCUCUAUGGCGACUGAACCAUUAAGACAACUGAAUCACGUGUAGAACCCUGUAGGCUGAUUCCCACCUGGACGCGUAUCCGAAUGGUGGUAAAGAAUGAACAAAACGUUAGAUUGAUAAUCUACGACUUUAAUUCAUUGUAUCCGAAUGGUGGUAAAAAAAUUAAUAAAGAAUGGUGGUGAAGAACGAA